AUGCAAGGGACUAAAAUUAAGCUAAAAAGGGAAGUUGGGACGAAGAAAUCCUCAUUUGAAGACACUCUGCGUCGCGAUGAGAAACAAAAUAGCAAUGGUCGAAUUCCAAUGAAGAUUUUGAGGGCAAUUGGGAAGGUCGCGUAUGAGUUAGAUUUGUCUGUGAGUUGGGUUUCAAUUCAUCCUGUGUUCCACUUGUCCAUGCUGAAAUAUGUGGGUGAUCCCUCUUUGAUAGUGCCUAUCAAGGAUGUUGGUGUUACAGAAUCAUUGUCUUAUAAGGAAGUUUUAGUUGCGAUAUUGGAUAGGCAAGUUCGUAUAUUGAGGACCAAGGAUGUAACCUCAGUGAAGGUUUUUGGGAGAAAUCAAAAAAUGGAAGAAGCUACAUGGGAAGCUGAAGAAGAUAUGAAAGUACCUGUUCUUGUUCCCCGGGUUGGAUGA